AUGAAUGGCACUUAUGCAGAGCCAUGCCAUAAAGUUGAGCGUGUUCCCAACACACCAUCUCCUGUAAAACGAGUGCCUGUGGAUAGACAUGACCAGUGGUCAUAUACUACACCCAUUCCAGCAUCAACUAUCGAGUCAUUGGCACCAUUGGCACCAUUAUCUAGCACCAUAUCUUCGCGAACGUAUUGUGCAGUACCUAGUCGUACACACGGAACAUCAAAUGCAAUCCCCAAUUCACUCCGACAUACUCCCAUUCGAAAUCAGCAGCAAACAAGUCACUACAUGCAUACUGUCGAGCAGCAAAGGUCUUGCUUUGGGUCGCCAAGGGUGCUACUUUAUCCCGACUUUUGUGACUUGAACCAGCUCUCACCCAGCGCGUCGAUGGAUGCAUUUGGUAUUGAUAGUAUGGAGGGGCCUGAAUCUGGCGAUGAUUUGGACAAACCAAGCCACCCCUCAUCCGUCGCGCUAAUGUUAAAACGGUUUCAACCAGGUCAUGUACAGGGGGUCAAAGGAGAUCCUUGUUCCGUAUGGGGAACUGGACUAACAUCUUCCAUCCAUGGCCAGUUCAAAGAUCAAGUCCGUCUAAAUGGUCCGAUAUGGUUCAAGGAAGGAGCCAAGUGGCAAAUGCUGCAUGGAAUGUUGAUUUUGGACAAAAUGCAGGCUGAGGUUCGAUUAGAGCUGUAUCGAAAUGACAAGGAUUCAAGACUAGUUCGUGUGCAUGAUCUGACUGGUUUGCAAGUUUGUGAAUGUCCAAUUGAGCAUACUCAAGAUUUAGAAAUGUUUCCGUUUGAGUUGGCCGAGUCUAAUACACACCACAAUCUUAAUCCUGCAGUUUGCUUAUUUGCUCAGAAUACAGAUGCUGAGCGAUCCAAAUGGAUAUCAGCAUACAAGGAAGCUUUGAGUUUGGCAGAAACGAUCUCCAGUGCACAUAUUUGUACUUCAUCUUCUACUGCCAUCCCGCCUCAUAGAUUCAAAGCGCGAGUUGAUAAUGAAGCAGGGGCUCAAAGCAAAUCACCCGUAUCUCAUAAUCUCUCACAUAGUAUAUUGCAUUUGGACGAGGUCACUGCAGGUGGACUUGUAGAAAGUGCGGUAUCUAUUCCAAAAGAAUCUGCCCAACAAAAUGGGCAAUCACAAUUGGACAAUGUAACAGAAAGUCUCGAUCAAACUGUAAAAUUGCUCAAUCAUCUGGAAAGUCGAAUUCAGUCAAUAUAUUCAACCAUGGACAAAACCCUUGCAGUCAAAGAAAAGCAUCAUGAAGCCGAAAAACUGGACAGUGCUGGCAAACUGGAUGAAAUUCUUGGACAGCUUUCGAAAAACAGCACGUGCAUAGCUACAGCUUCAGAACUCAUUCUUGGAAAUAUUGGACAUGCACAGUCAAAGUUUGACGACGCAUCCAAUGCAUUGAUUUUAGAAGUCAAACAAUCGGCUACCACAAUUAAUUCUGAAUGGGGAAAACGAUUGGUCGACCUGCAGGAACAACAAAAGAUUGUAGCUGCUGCACUUGCAAAUUUUGAAACGUUUGUGCCAAGCUUAAAAAGCGCAGAGCAGUAUAGAGAUGCUCGACUUGAUGAAGCUGUCAAUUCCAUGGAAAAGCUGAUCCAAAAUAUGCCUUUAGCUACGACUACAAUUUCCGAUUUAAUUCAAGAAACAAAAACUAGUAUUUUAGCUAUACUAUCUGAUAUCAAUAGCAAAUUAAAUACUACUGCUACUAGCCGAUCUGUUUAUUCUGGAUCCACCUUUACUGGAAAUGCUAGCGAUGGCAUGAUUGACCGACCCACCAAGACAUUGAUGAUCAGUAUGAACGAAAAACUUAUCCAACUUCAAAAAAUGUACGAGCAUUCUCAACAAAGUAUACUUUCACGGUUUUCAUCUCUUGAAGAACGCCUCAUACGAUCAGUCACUGCAUCACAUGCGGAGUCUUCUGGUUCACUCAGUAGCACCUAUCAUCUUGAAAAGGCUGUCAAAGAAAUCAAAACCGAUGUUGCAGAUACAACUGAGCGUCUUUCCAGAAUAAGUCGUGAUCACAAUGAACACAUGUCGUCAACCUCUUCUACUCUUCAAAAAAUUCUAGAUCGGAUCGACGACGUGCUAGAAAAGCCUGCAUGUAUUAGUUGUGAAAAGUCAUCUCGGACAAGUGGAACUCACAGUCGUCAUCAGAGUGAUGAUCGGAUUAUGGAAGCCCGAUUUUCAGAAAUCCAAGAGACUCUGAGAAAGGAUAGCAAAAACACGUCUGAUCGUAUCACUCAGAUGCUAACUAUGUUUAGUAUUCAACAAGAAGUUUUGACUAAACUCAGCUCGGAUGUUAGCACUUUAAAAACCAGCACUUUAGAUUCAGCAGAACAAUUCAAAAAAGAUGCAAUGCCUUCAACACAGGAUGAUAUGAUCAAAAACAUGGUGGCGAUAAAUGCCAAGGUAGAUCAACUUACAACCAUGGUACAGCAUCACAAUAGCCUGCAAGUGCUUAUUCCAGACACUACUGGACAAAAUGCAUUGACCAAAAUCGACUCUAACAUAUUGCAAUCUAUUCACACAACAUUGGUGAAUUAUCUGCCAUUGAAUUUGGAGCAAAAACUGGCAACUAUAGAGGCGAAUAUGGAUAAACUUCGACAGUCCUGCAACCAAACUUCAAAUAACAACUCAAAUAUGUACUUGCAUAGUCAGGGGUUGCAACACGAUCAUUUAUCCAAGUCGCAUAUAUCCACACAUGUUAUUGUUGAAUGGCAGCGAGAUAUAAUGGCUCGUAAUAACGGAAUUUUACAAGCAUUGGAUGCUGUACAACAAUCGCUGUCUCGUGUGGUAGAAAACGUGUGUAAACCGUGUGUAAACCCUAUGGAUAUAUCAUCACGUAGAUUGGAUGGAAAUGGUGGUAAUCAGGGAUUACAAGUUGUUUCACUCGACUCGAAUUCAAAAGUCAUUUCAUUAUUGCAUGAAAUCAAAACAAUUGCAAUGGAGGCUGCAAAGUGUGGACCAAUCAGAUCACCACCAAUCGAUACAUCAAAAGCGAAUGAAAUGGCCAAGGAGCAAUUUGAAGAGCUUGUUUCUCAGGUUAAAAAACUUGAAAAGCAGAAGCAAAUGCUAAAUGCAGAGAUUAUUGUGCUAAAGGGUUCGCGCCGAUAA